UUUUAGAAUUAAGUUGAAGCUAAGACUUACGCCAACUAUGAAUUUUCUUGUGCAAAUUGAAAAUAACAAUAAAAAACCAAAUUUUAUUUUCACUGUUCACAGUUGAUAAGUGUAAAUAUCAUGGCGAAUGAAUUUAAAAACUCCAUAAAAACGCCUAUCCCACAUUUGGAAGUCAUAGAGUUUACGAAUUUAAUCGAUCGACGGGUAUUCUUCUUCUCGCUCGGCGGCGGCGCCCCAGCCUGCCCGCCCCGACUGUGCGGCGCCAAAUACGCAGUGUUUUGUUCAAAGUUUUAGUGUUCUAAUGUUUAUAAUUAUUGUGUUUUUGUUAUAAGGUAUUAUACGCCUGCGCGAAGCUCCGCACUCUUGAUGCUUUUGGCACUUUUGGUGUCCUCAUCCACAAGAGGAUAGCUACACCAAGAGUACAUACAGAAAGUGUAUUACCAAUUUUUUUAAUUUUUAUUACGUGUUCACAAUGGAAUCGACAGAAAUGUCUCCUAAAAUCUAUUCAUUGCAUAUUGAAACGACAAUAAGUAAUCGUUUUGCCAAAACYCUAAUCACAAGUAAAGUAAAAAAUUCGAAAACCAAAGCUGAGGAAACCACAUUUUCGGUCAUUUUACCCGAAAAUGCUUUCAUCUCAGAAUUCGAAAUGGAAAUUGAUGGAAAAAUAUACAACGCGUAUGUGAAAGAGAAAGACGAAGCUAAAACAAUCUAUACAGAGGCCGUUUCAAGUGGGUUGAGUGCAGCCCAUGUCGAAUUAAACGCUCGCGAUUCGAAAAAAUUCACCGUUUCGGUAAAUAUCGAACCGUCUAGUGAAACCAUCUUCAGACUGACAUAUGAGGAGCUUUUGCAACGCCAAAAUGGYCAAUACGAACUUAUUAUCAACGUACAUCCGGGCCAAAUCGUCGAUGAUCUCCGUUUGGAAGUAAAAAUCAACGAAACRCGACCUUURACCUUCGUSAAAACCCCUUCAUUACGUACAGGGAACGAAAUAAGUGACGAUAAGCCCGAAUUGGACCCUUGUGCCCAAACAGAAAUGCUAAAUCCGAAUUCUGCUAMARUUAAAUUCAAUCCGGAUAAAGAGCAGCAGAAAAAAUAUGCRGAKGCGCUCGGGAGUAAGGAUAAAGGGCUUGCGGGCCAGUUUGUGGUCCAGUAUGACGUGGAAAGRGACCCRACAGGGGGCGAAGUUUUGCUACGUGACGGCUAUUUCGUUCAUUUUUUCGCCCCCAGUGGCCUCAAAACGCUUCCAAAAYACGUGGUUUUCGUCCUGGACCACAGUGGGAGCAUGAUGGGGCGCAAAAUCGAACAAUUGAUGCAAGCAAUGGACAAAAUUWUGUCCGAUUUAAACCCGGAAGAUUUGUUUCAUAUUGUGCGCUUUUCUGACAAUGUUUCAGUCUGGAAUUUGGCUAAAAAUAAGUUUGAUGAAAUUCGUUUCAAGCAAGAACCGGAUUAUGAAAAUCUUGAUUCGUUUCUAACGAAAUUGGAAUUGGGGGAAGCGACUCCAGUGACUGAAGACAAUAUUAAAGAGGCUAAAAAAAUCAAAAAUGAUGAUGUGGAGUUGGGGUGUACCAAUAUCAUCGGGGGGUUGGUAGUCGGUCUCUUUUUAGUGCGCCGAACUUUGGCGAAAUUCUACGAAAAAAAUGUAGCAACUAAACACCAACCAAUGAUUAUUUUCCUCACCGAUGGUUUGCCCAAUGUUGGUAUCAGUGACCCGGACAAAAUUACCAAAAUUGUGACUAAAAUCAAUCAAGGAACAAACAGGGCUGCCAUUUAUUCCCUAUCUUUCGGCGAAGACGCCCAUAAAAAUUUCCUAAAAAAAUUGUCAGCCCAAAAUUUGGGCUUYUCGAGACACAUCUACGAAGCAGCUGAUGCCUCCCUCCAAUUACAAAGCUUCUAUCGCACAGUUUCCUCCCCUUUGUUGAGGGAUGUCCGAUUUAAAUAUGUCGACGAAGUCUCAGAUGUGACUCGAAUUGAUUUCCCUAUUUUAUUCUUAGGAUCGGAAUUUAUAGUAGCUGGAAGAUGCGGGGGGACAAGACCUUUGAGACACAUUGAGGCUUUUUCUCUCAACGGUUGUGUCGAAUUUGAGACACACAAUGCCGAAAGUGACACUUCUUUAGAGCGACUUUGGGCCUAUUUAACAGUCAAACAGUUGUUAGAUGAGCGAGAAACGGCCGAAAAUCGCGAUGAAUUGACUAAAAAAGCGCUUGAUUUGGCUUUGAAAUAUUCUUUCGUGACUUCAAUCACUUCUUUGGUUGUUGUUAAACCUCAACAAAAUGAUUCAAUUGAUUCUCAAAAUGAUUCAAUUGAUUCUCAAAAUGAUUCAAUUGAUUAUCAAAAUGAUUCACUUGAUUAUCAAAAUGAAUUUUUACCAAGUAGUCGUGUGUUAUGUGCUUCAUCACAAGCGUAUCACGCUCUAAAAUACAGUGGUAAAUCUUCACCUUUUCAUCGAUUAUAUAGUCAUUGUAAAUCGCACGUUUUCGUUGCACCUGAAUUACCUAGUAUAAAUACUUCUGGAAUACUCAAAGUUCUUACAGGCGCGAAAAACAAGGAAAAAAAAWUUAAAAAUUGGGUGAACACAACCCAGCCUCACUUACCUCAAAUUAAUGACGCUCAAGCUUGUUUCUUUUUGAAUUGUUGUGAUUUUAAUGAAGAAAUGGCAAGAGAUUUAAUUGAUUCGUAUUUUACUAUUCGGACUUUGUGUCCUGAAUUAUUUACAGGACGAGAUGUUUCGGAAUUGCCUCUGAUGGAACAUUUGCAACUUGCAUUUAUCACAUUUAUAGCUGAGAAAAGGCAAGGUUACAUUUGUAUGAAACUGUGGGAAGUUGAUCCCAAAAAUUUUGAUUUUAUUGCAUUUAUAAAAUAUUUCGAUAUGGUUUGCUCUCUACAUUUCAAUAAAGGAGAACCAUUUGAGGAGUAUUUUGUAAUUUUGGACAUCACUGGUGCUACGUUGGAACAUUUAGACAAAUUGGAGACUUCAAUUUUGAAGAAAAUCUUAUUCUAUUUGCAAGAAGCGAUUCCUCUUAAAGUAAAUAAGAUACACUGUUUCAAUAUUCAUGGUUUUGAGGAUAACAUAGUGUCCAAUAUAACGGAGUUAAUAAAACCACUAGUGAAAGAAGAAAUUAUGUCAAAGAUUUAUUUUCAUAACAAUGCUCCCGAUUUGUUAGAUUUUGUACCGAAAAAGUGUGUUUUUAAAGAAUUUGGGGGCACAAUGGAUGUCGGGACUUUGAACAUCAAAAUGAGGAAAGAGUUGCAUAAAAAUAUUGUGUUUUUCAGAGAAGAGGAGAAACAAAUAGUAGACGAAAACAAAAGAGUCGGACCACCAAAAAUUACAAUGGACUCUUUUAAUUGAAUUAUUUGUGGAGCUUAUUGUAAAACUGCUUUAAUUGAGAC